AUGUCCAAAGGAAUCUUACAGGUACAUCCUCCAAUCUGUGAUUGCCCUGGGUGUCGAAUUUCGUCUCCAGUGAACCGGGGUCGCCUGGCAGAGAAGAGGACGAUCCCCUUACCCCCAACCAGGAUCCCGAAGAAAGAGCUGACCUCAAUUUUCUCGCAUAGUGACGACAGCGAAGAGAGUGAUAAGAGCAAUGGUCAACACCCUGAAGUAAAGCAGGAGGAGGAUCUCCAUAUCAGUAUCAUGAAAAGAAGGAUACACACCCACUGGGAUUUAAACAUCUCCUUCCGAGAGACCUCUUGCAGCCGUGAUAACGACCUUUCCACUAUCAUCUCCAACCUGCAUCAGAGCCGUCAGCUCGUUAUGCCAGAGACCCAGAGCCGCUGUGAAUUCAAGAGAAACAGCAUUGACGUUGGCUUAGGAGCAGCAGAUGAAAUUUUAGGCAAGAGAAGAGUAUGUUCUCCCAACAGCAGCAGUGAGUGUCCUUUAGAAAGCAAGAAAGCCAGAAGUGAGUCCCCAAAGGAAAACUCCCACACGCCUCUGCUUGAGGACUCAGUGACUCAGAUGACCCCAGAGGAGCACUAUAGACGCAUGAUGUCAGCACUGAAUGAACACGGCACGUUUGAAGAGCAGCAGCAACAACGUCUCUACCAGCUGGCCAACAGCAUGGCAGUGCCCAGCCAUGGAGGUUCGCAGCCAGGUGGGAGACUGGCUGGUUGGUGGGAGCCAUCCCGAUCCUGCCUGGGAUCUCCAGAGCAGAUGCUAGACUCUAACCUGUUCUUUGGCACAGAGCAAGUUAAGACGGUCGAGUUUGCGUUUUAUAGCAUCCCCAGGGAGAUAUCCCACCCACCGCCUCUGCUUUCACCCCAGAAUGCGCCCCAUAUUGCCCUGGGGCCCCACUUGAGACCUCCUUUUCUUGGGGUGCCUUCGGCUCUGUGCCAGACACCAGGUUACGGGUUCCUACAGCCGGCACAAGCAGAGAUGUUUGCGCGGCAGCAAGAGAUGCUACGAAAGCAAAACCUGGCAAGGUUGGAGAUGUCGGCUGAGAUCAUCCGCCAGAAAGAGCUGGAGAAUCUCCACAGGCAAAGGCUACUGGCUGGUGACCCCCUGAGCCUCCAUCCCGGCUUGCCCCCGGACCACCCGGCCCUGCGUAACGUGCACGACAUCCCCGAGGGCCACCCGCUGCGGGAAGAGCUCUCCCGGAGGAACGCCAUGCUGGUGCUUCGACACAACAACACUCCCCUGCUGUCCCUCAACCCCAGCGUCCCCAGCAGCGCCACGCCGCCCAAGGAGCAGCCCCGGCGGGGCAGCCGCAAAUCGGCACAUCACCGCGCUGAGCCGCAGGGGCUGAGCGAGGCCAAGGAGGUGGCGGAGCCCCGGGCGCGGGAUGGGGCACCAGACUGUAACGACGAGGAGAUGAAGGACUCUGAGAGCGACGCGGAUGUGAGCGACGAGAAGCCGGAGAGCCUGAAGGCUGAGAGCAGCAGCUCGGCUGCCGAGCUUAAGGAGUGCAAAGAGACAGGCAAAGUCUGCGAAGGGGCCAAGGAGCUGGGUGAAGCGGCUGCUAGUCAAAAUGCCCCCUGCAGCUCCUCGAGCGCCGAGUCCCCCAGCCAUUUGCUUGGCCCAGGCAUCAACAAAAACGAGGUGAAAUAUCUCCCGCCAGCCUCCAUCCCACCACCUCAGCCGCUGCCCUUCGGAUUCCCUUACACGAUGAGCCCGUACUUCCAUGCAGGCACCAUGGGAGGUCUGUUUCUGGAUGGUGAGGAAAGCCCUGCGCUGGAAGACAUCAGCAAAUGGACGGUGGAGGACGUAUGCAGCUUUGUGUCCAACUUGUCUGGCUGCACCGAGUACACUCAGGUAUUCCGAGAGCAGGCUAUUGAUGGUGAGACCCUGCCCCUCCUGACAGAAGAGCACUUACUGAACAAUAUGGGGCUCAAACUCGGACCUGCACUGAAGAUAAGGUCACAGGUUGCCAAGAGAGUGGGCAGAGUUCUGUACAUGGCGGGCUUCCCCAUGGCUUUCCCGCUGCAACCUCCUGGUUUACGGCCACCGGAGCGGGACCUGGCCCCAGCUGAUCUCCGGCCAUCCUCCACAGGCAGCGUGGCCUCCCCCUUCAGCAGCGGCCUGCCCUCUGCCAGCCGUGUCUCACCAAAGCAGGAAAACGGAAACCCCUCCAUCAUUGCUGGGAUCAAUGACACCGCGAAACCUCCAUCUUAACUGCAGGACAGCUCUUGACUGCUUCUGGAACUGAGAUUCAGUUGAACAAACUGAAGGUAAUGCAUUUGAGAGACCAGGAGAGCCUCCCUCAGCAGUGUGAGACACAGGAGUGAGGAAGGGAGGUUUUUAAUUUUUUUGCUUUUUGUUUUAAAAAAAAAAAAACAA